UCUCCGGCGCACGGCAAGCAGCAGGUUAUCUUUAGCUUUUCUGUUCCAUGGCGCCUCAUUAUUAUUUGAUAUUUUCGCACAGUUUGGUCCAGAAAUGCCUUUAAUCGAUUCUUAAGGUUGAGUUAUAAAGUGAAUAUGAGCUCCGUGCCACUGAAGAGGAGAUACAAGAAUCUGCCAGUGUGGAUUGUAGAGGACCACCACGAUGUGGUGCAACACAUUUACCGCUCCAUCGCCUCCCGACACCUGCCUCUGAGCGGGAUACCCAUGGUUCACCUGGACUCCCAUCCAGACCUGCUCAUCCCAGUCAACAUGGCUGCCGACACAGUGUUUGACAAGGACAAACUCCUCAGUGAGUUGAGCAUUGAGAACUGGAUCAUGCCCAUGGUGUACGCGGGGCACGUGUCCUCUGUGGCCUGGUUACACCCGUACUGGGCCCAGCAGAUCUCAGAGGGACACCACCAGCUGCAUGUGGGACGAGACAGGUCCACCACCACCAUCAGGGUGACGAGUGCAGAGAACUACUUCCUGAGUGACGGCCUGUAUGUGGCUGAGGAGCAGCUGGAGAACAGUAAACCUCUGAGGCUCAGCGUAGUCAGAGUGCAGCCAGUGGAGUCCGGGCACCUGCCACUGACAGUAAAGCCUGGAGUGCCCACAGUGAAGAGAGCACGAUCAGAGAGUAGCAGUGAACCUGGGUCCAGCUCCUGCAGUGACACACCAAAGCCACCAGAGGACACUCCAAACCCCCCUGCACAGAGCACACAGGGCAGAGGAGAGGGGGAGGGCGCCCCAGAGUAUGUAGUGAACAAUGUGCUCCCUCUACUGGACCAGACUCAGCCCUACAUCCUGGACAUAGACCUGGACUUCUUCUCCUGCAAGAACCCCUUCAGAGAGCUCUACAGUCAGGAGGAGUAUGCCAUCCUUCAAGAGUUGUACAGUUUCAGAGCACCAAAGCCUGGAGCUGAUCAGGAGGAGCUAGAGGAGUGUGUGGAGAACCGGGUGCGACAGCUGGAGGACCUGGAGGCAGCGUUUGCAGAUCUGCUGGAAGACGAUGGAGAGGAGACGGUCACUCGAUGGAGCAGGAACCCAGGGAUGGCAUCUUUAGCGGCUCUGGUUUCAAGUCUAAAGUCAAAAAACCCCAGUCCAGACUAUGAAAUGGUGCACCAGGCCGGGCUGACCUGUGACACCGUGGAGCUGCCUCACCACAUCAGCAGUGAGGAGGAGAUCCAGAGUCUGCUCCGAGCGCUCACACUGCUCCUCAAACACCUGCCCAAGCCCACCAUCGUCACCAUGUCCAGGUCCAGUCUGGAUGAGUACUGCCCUCUGGAGCAGGUGGAGUCAUUGCAGGCCAACGUUCUGGAGGUUCUGGAGGAGAUCUUUGGACCACUGGAAAUCCACAAGGACUAUGAGACCCAGACAGAGCAGAGCCCAGCCUGCUGACCACUACAUCCAUGAGCUGUGUGAGAGAGAAAGUCCUGACCACACCUCAACACUGUGAAGAACCCUCCGAUACUCACACACCGAGCAGUGUGUGUGAAAUCUAAAGCAGCUGCAACAAAGCAAUGCAUUUAGAUCAAAAACAGGACAAUAUCUGAAGUUCUGAAGGUUCUGAAGUAUCAAAGUAUCAAAAAUUAUUUUGAGUUAGAAAUAACUAAAAUAAUAUUUUGUCUUAAAAGUGUGUUUUUAUUGUCAUUGUGGUAUAGAGUAUUUGUUCAUAUAGUGCAAUUAAUAAUUCUUUCAAUUUAGAGAGUGAUUAAUGUUUCCAUUAGUCGACUUGUCAAACUGUUAUUUUUUUGUACACUCAGAUUUAAAAAAAAAUAUUACUACGGUCCUGAGCUUUGGGUAAUGACCGAAAGGACAACAUCGCCGAUACAAGCAGUCGAAAUGAGUUUCCUCCGCAGGGAGUCUGGGCACUCCCUUAGAGACAGGGUGAGGAGCUUAGUCACACGGGAGGAGCUCGGAGCACAGCCGCUGCUCCUCCACGUUGAGAGGAGCCAGCUGAGGUGGUUCGGGAUGUCUUAGAUCUGAUUUACAUAGUUUUCGGCACAGUCUUACUUCCAGGAGAGGAAGGACAACAGCGCCCUCUGCAAUCCGACUUCUUCAGAACAGUAUCCCAAGUGUGGGAAAGCAAGAACACCCCCUCGUCUCGAUCGGUUUAGUGUAUUAUGGACAUGUUUACAGAUUUCUGUUGCCUCUUUUAUCCAGUGAUGAUAUUUAUUGUCUUCUGUCCUAGUAACUUUGGCUCCUUCCCAGUCCAUAAUGUGAUUAUCCCUUUUGCAGUGGUCUGAGAUGACAGACUUCAGAUGUUUUUUUCUGCUUUUCAAUAAAAAGGCAACACAUUUUUA